AUGGUUUCUCCUGGUCACGCUGAAAUGACGAUACGCCAGCAAGGAUAUCAUCCUUAUCGUUUGUCCGUCAGAGUUGACCAGCCUCUCGCCACUGGCGAUGUAGGCAGUCGAAUACCGGCGGCGGUGGUUGGAGGCUGCACUAUGAUCACAUUGACGAUCGAGUGUGCCAUCGGCAAGGCCCAGAGGGCAAGGCGACAUCGUCCUCCAGUGCUGAUAACCAGCAAGCGCUUCACUCUGUCUCCGGCGAUAUGA